GACAGGGUUCAUGCAGCUCUACCCGACCCACCAAGUCAAAUCGAAGAAGACAAAGUGGAGGAGAAGGCCUUUGGAAAUUUUUUUGCUGAGUUAGAAUCUGUGGAGUUGCCUCCAGGAACUGCUUUAAGAGCUCCCCCCAGAGGCCGGAGCUCAGUCGGACUUCUCUGUGGAGAUGCAGUCAAAACUGUAAUACACUGUACAUAACAAUCAUGGCGGACAAUGAAACCCUGGAGUGUGUAACGGAGCAUGAGCGGAUACUGCAGGAAAUUGAGAGCACCGACACGGCUUGUGUCGGUCCGACUCUCCGGUCCAUUUAUGAUGACCAGCCCAAUGCUCACAAACGGUUUAUGGAGAAACUGGACGCCAGGAUAAGGAACCAUGACCGUGAGAUUGAAAAGAUGUGUAAUUUCCACCAUCAAGGCUUUGUGGAUGCCAUAACUGAACUUCUUAAAGUGCGUGCUGAUGCAGAGAAACUGAUGGGUCAAGUGACGGACACUAACAGGAGACUACAGGAUGCAGGGAGAGAUGUAACAGCUCAGACAGAGGAAGUGAUUCGCUGUCGGAUCCAGCAGAGGAACAUGGCCACCACAGUGGAGAAGCUUCAGCUCUGUAUACCAGUGCUUGAAAUGUACAGCAAACUGAAGGAGCAACUGGAUUCAAAAAGAUAUUAUGCUGCUCUGAAAACCAUGGAGCAGCUGGAGAAGGUGUAUAUUCCAAGGGUUAGUCAGUACAGGUUCUGCCAGAUCAUGGCAGAAAAUCUGCCCAGACUGAGGGAGGAAAUCAAAGAGAUCUCAAUGUCAGACCUCAAGGACUUCCUGGAAAGCAUCCGGAAGCAUUCCGACAAGGUUGGAGAGACGGCGAUGAGACAGGCGCAGCAGCACAGGACCUUCAACAGUGCUGUGGCAAAGCAGGUCCACACAGGACACUACAGCAAGCCUGUGUAUUCUCUGAGCGGACGCAUACACACACACAUCUCCAACGGCCUGCUGACCCAUGACAACCCUGGAGACGAGGAGGAAGCAGAUGAAGAGGUUCUUACAGCUCAGGACCUGGUGGAUUUCUCCCCUGUCUACAGAUGUCUACAUAUAUACACUGUGUUGGGUGACAGAGAAACAUUUGAGAACUACUACAGGAAGCAGAGGAAGAAACAGGCCCGCCUAGUGUUGCAGCCACAGGCUAACAUGCAUGAGACUGUAGAAGGCUACAGACGAUACUUUAAUCAGAUUGUGGGGUUCUUUGUAGUGGAGGACCACAUCCUUCACGCCACCAGGGGGCUGGUCACCAGAGCGUUCACCGAUGAACUGUGGAACAUGGCUCUGUCCAAGAUCAUCGCUGUGCUCCGCACACACUCUUCCUACUGUGAUGACCCAGACCUGGUUUUGGAGCUGAAGAAUCUCAUAGUCAUCUGCGCUGACACACUGCAGGGUUACGGUUUCCCAGUGAACCGACUCUUUGACCUGCUAUUCGAGGUCCGAGACCAAUACAAUGAAACACUGCUGAAAAAAUGGGCUGUGGUUUUCAGAGAGAUCUUUGAGUCAGACAACUACAGCCCUAUCCCAGUGGAAACAGAGGAGGAGUAUAAACUGGUGACCAGUCGCUUUCCCUUUCAUGAUCCUGAGAUUGAAAAGCAGGACUUCCCUAAGAAGCUGCCGAUGUCCCAGUCUGUCCCUCAGAUCUACACACAGGUCAAAGAGUUCAUUUAUGCCAGCCUCAAGUUCUCAGAGUCCCUGCACCGCAGUUCAACAGAGAUCGACGACAGGCUGCGAAAGUCAACCAACCUGCUGCUGACCAGAACUCUGAGCAGCUGCUUGCAAAACCUCAUCAAGAAACCACACAUAGGAUUGACUGAGCUGGUGCAGAUCAUUAUAAACACCACUCACCUGGAACAGGCCUGUAAAUACCUGGAGGAGUUCAUAACCAACAUCACCAACGUUUCACCCGAAACAGUUCACACCACAAGACUCUAUGGCUUAUCCACAUUUAAGGACGCUCGCCAUGCUGCAGAGGGAGAGAUUUACACCAAGCUAAACCAGAAGAUUGAUGAGUUCAUUCAGCUGGCAGACUAUGAGUGGAGCAUGGCAGAGUCUGAUGGCCGCGCCUCAGGAUACCUCAUGGACCUGAUCAACUUCCUUCGCUCUACUUUUCAGGUCUUCACACAUCUUCCGAAUAACAACAAUGACCAUGCAUCAAUGUCGGGGAAAGUGGCCCAGACAGCGUGCAUGUCAGCUUGUAAGCAUCUGUCCACGUCGCUCAUGCAGAUGCUUCUGGAUACAGAACUCAAGCAGAUCAGUAUGGGAGCCAUCCAGCAGUUCAACCUGGAUGUCAUGCAGUGUGAAUUGUUUGCCAGUUCAGAGCCAGUGCCCGGCUUUCAAGGUGACACACUCCAGCUGGCCUUCAUCGACUUACGACAGCUCCUGGACCUGUUCAUGGUAUGGGACUGGUCAACUUACCUGGCCGACUAUGGUCAGCCAAACUCCAAGUACCUGAGAGUGAACCCAGCCACUGCGUUGGCUCUGCUUGAGAAAGUCUACCGGGGAAUGAAAGACACCAACAAGAAGAACAACAUCUUCUCUCAGUUCAGGAAGAACGACAGAGACAAGCAGAAACUGAUCGAGACUGUGGUCAAACAACUGAGGAGUCUCGUCAAUGGCAUGUCCUCCUAGAAUAAUGCAUACAUGUUAUUUGUAUGUGCAAUAACCAGAUAAGAUGAGUGAAACAUGCAUGCAUUCACAUGCACACAUAAAAAACAAAGCGCCCUGAACAAUAUUGGUUUAAUACACCACAGAGCAAACCCAUGCAGAGGAUCAUAUUCAACAUACAAACAGCUGAGUUCUCAUACUUACUGGGCGCACUUACUCAGCUGAAGGCUCAGCAUUACACUGUAUGUAAAAAGCCUGCAGGGAACCCCCUGCCAGCAAACAUGACAUCAUUUCCUGCCUCUGACUUCAAACCUGUCAGAGGAUUUCUGCUAAGUUCUGCACACACUCCAAACUAUUUACUGAACCCUCUGAGGCCUGCAGAGAAACGAUCUGUCAGCGGCUCAUUGGAGAUAAACUGUUUUGUAAAUUUUUUUAAACUGGAAUGACUGGAGACGUAAACUGAGAGUAGGAAGUACAGGAAGUGACAAAGUAUUGGGGCAACGGACCCAAAGGUCCAAACGUACAUACACUCAGCAAGAACAUCAAGUUUGGCGCCAGGUUUUUCUUCAGUUGGUGUUUGUUUUCCUGCACUUUAUUCUGAAGAAUAAUAGAUCUUGUUAAUCUGAGACAACAACGUCAUUUACUGAUCCACAGAUUCAUUUCAGACUCCUAAAAGUAAUAACUGUGUGAAGGCAACAUUUCAGACCCAGUAACAUCUAAUUCUGUUCAUGUCUCAUUAUUAAUGAGUGAAAUAAGGAGAGUUUCAUUUCAACAACUGAGAUGACAAAUCCAUUUUCUCACACACAGGAAAUGGAUAUGUGUGCUUGUGUGUGCGCGCUGGUGUGUGGUGUGUGUGAGUGUGGGUGGGUGUGUACAUGUAAUAGAAAUGUAAACUGAAUAAUUUAUUAUUGAUCUUUUUGAAGUUUGAGUUAUUUAUAUAAUUUUUAUUAUUCAGGAUGCUGUAUGCAUGUUUGUGUGCGUGGGUGUGUGUGUGUGCGUGUGUGUGUGUGUGUGUGCAUGUGCUUUGUGAGAGAGUGCAGAUCAGAAAUUUAAGAGCAAAUCAACUUAUCCAAAUACUGUUGAUACGGUUUAUAUGGCAACAAUGAAUUUUGCUGAAGUUGUAUACAUGAAGUGAAAAGUGAAAAUGUGAAUGAUGAUGUCCCAGGAGACUGAUGUUCAUAUAAACCUGUUUAGUUCUCCACUUCAUGGUGGCUUUUUCUUCUUGUUUUCUGCCUUGUCAUAUUAGACAUUUCUGUCAGAUUUAUGGCUCACCUAUUUUGUCUCCAUCUGUUUUUGGCUCAGAAAUGUAGCUUUUUAUUUGCAUCCAUUUUUUCCACUCUGUGUGCAAAUGGAGUUAAAACAUAGAGCACAAUUCUCUCUCUUCACUUUAUUACAGAUUCUGGAUCAACCGAACUUCCACAUGCAUAAAUAUUAAAGUGAAUCUUUGAAUAUUUGGAUAGGCUUUACUUGUGAUGUGAUUAUGGAGGCACAUUUCUGCUAUGAAACUCCGAAUUGAUUUUUCCUGAACUUUUUUAUUUGCUCCUGUUUAUUUCUUUGUUUAUUUCUCUCCCGCUCCAUCGGUGGGACAGACGCUUCCUCUGUGGAGUUAAGAAACAAUCUUUCCCAACUGACAUCGGUGACUUGAAAUCUAUUGCAGUAAAUGUUAACUAAACAUCUGCGACUUGUACUGAUAUCAUUAACUUCUAAUGUUUAAUGGAAGGGAAACACAUUCAACAUGCUUAGGAUUCUCUCCCCACAAAACUCAGUCAACAAGCUCCUUGUUAAUAAAAAUUGUUCAGUCUCACUAUCAGGCCUUUUUCUAACCUCCAAAUCUGUUUUUACUCAGUCAAGUCCAGUGAAGACGCAGGGGGACGAUGAUGACUGUAACACUCCUGAUCCCAUGACAAGGUUCCUAGUGGGAACAGGCUUUAAGAGAAAUGCACCAAGUCCAGAAAACAGCAGGUGGUUUUUAUACCUAGCUAGUUCUAGUCAAGUUGGGGCUGCGGCUGCUGCCCAUCACCUGUAGUCAACCAGAAACAUGCAGGAUCUCAGGCCCACACACAGUCAGUUACUUAAAUAAAAAAACCUUUAUUAUAACACAAAUCUUUAUUAUAAUAGCAAAACACAAGGUUCAGUCUGCAUAUGUCUGAAUUAAUUUGCCCUCUGGUCUCAGACUGGACUCAGAUGUUUACCUGGACACUUUUUCAAAGAAGUGCUGAUUGGGAAAGAGAAUUUCUCACGGAGCCACAUGAACUCAUCCUGUCAGUUUUGCCUUCUUGUUUUUACUAGAUGCCAGAUAGAAAUUUUUAUGCAACUUUAAGAGACACAUUACCGCAGUGGAAUCAGCUCAUCCAUGCAUUUGUUUUUUGCAUUAUAUAAAUAAACCAAUAUUAAUAAAAACAUUUCUAGAUUGUGCAAAAAUGUUGCUGUGGAACAGAAUCAGACUACAUAGCAACAGCAGUGAACAUUCACAUGCAGUCUGAAUAUGAAGCUACUUAAGAUUAAUUAUAUAAAUGAAGUGAAUCGUCAUGUGGGCAGAAUGAGAGUGCAGGCCUGCUGAUCCUUUUACAUUUUAAUGCCAGGAGGAGAAACCUGAGUCCAGAGCAGCCAAACUGCUCACAGAUUGUUUGCUACAUAUACUAAAAACCUAUCUGUGACAUUUGUUAAUCAGAGGCUGUAAUCAACUCUUGUAAACACUGGUCUAACUCGUUAUAAACCUAAAUUCACCACUUUUAUUCUUUUUCUUUUCCUCAGGGUGAAAUUCAGGUUUAGAAUCUCUGAAUCCACCAAGAAAAGCAAUAAUGUUGUUUAUUACAUCAUGGUCUGCAGGUUAACACUUUACAUCUGUACAUAAACUUUGAUGGGAAUGUUUUAAAAUGAGGCUUUUUGUUCUGUUUUUUAUGUCCGUUGCUUCAAGAUGGAUGUCGUUGUUUUUUCCUCCUUAUUUUUAUGGCUUGUAAAUCCCUCUGUGUAUAUCCUCCUUUUUGUAAAGAAAAGAUUUUAGCAGCGUCUCUGCUGCUGACAACAUGAAGGUGGACUCUGUGAUGUGUUCCUCCGUCAGUCUCUGAAGUCAACUCAUAUUCAAUAAGAAGCCCAGCUGCUGGUUACAGUGUGUAGAACAUUUGGGAACAUUUGUAGUUACAUGCUUAAGUAUGAAGAAUUCAACAUGUUAUAAUACUGAAUCAAAUCAAAUUGACAUUAUUCAAAUGUUUCAUAUCAUUAAACAGUGUUUAAUACCCGACAAAGAUUGUUGGAGUAAACCCAAAAGUUUGUCUUCAGACGGUUUCACUAAGGGGAAAAAGCAGGGCUGCACCGAUUUCUAUUUUCUGAUCGAUCGCCGAUUACCAAUCUUUAAAAAGCUUGACUUGCUGAUUCUGGCUGAUUGGCCAAUGCCAAUUUUUUGUCUGAAGUUUUGCCAAAUAUUGCAAGAAAGUCACUGAGUUGGCAACAGUGGACAACUCUGUCAGUCUGACUCACAGCAGAGCAACAGAGGACUGUGGCAGAUUUUUAGACCUUUGCUGAGGAAGAUAAGAUCAUUUGAUAAGAUCAGCUUCACAUGCAAGUACCGACCAAUCAUCAAUCUCCCAAAACUAAGAAAAUCGGUGCCGAUAAAUCGGUGCACUUGACAAAUAAACGAUCCGAACCAGCCUGGCCCUCCAGGAAAUGAGGAUUAUGCUCUUAUAAAGUCAUUAAGUAACUGAUUAACUUCAUUUUUUUCUGUGUUUAAAAGUCAAAGCUUGUAUUAGCUUGUGGGAAAAAUUCAUUAAAACCUCAAGUUGCAAAUGUGGUUUUAAUAAGUUAAAUGAACACAAAAAAGCACAAGUGAGCUAGAGAUCACUUCUGUCAGGAGCGGCACGUCCAGGGCUGGACUGGACCGAGAAGCAGCUCCGCAUCCCAAUGAUACACAACAAACCAGAGGAGAUGAUGUACACACUGUGUUGUUUCAAAAAUUAAAAUGAAGAGCAGCAUCAUAGAUGGAAGAAAGUAACCAUUUUAAAAAAUGGAUACAUUCUUUCAUGACUCCAUUUUAUCAUCUUAUUUUUCUCCCUCUCUCUCACACACAGUAUAUUUUUCUAUAUUCACAAGAACUUUGUUUUGAUCUCCAUUCAUUUUUUUAUUCAUUUCGGCAGCCUAACUCUAAGCUGAACUCAGUUCACAUCUUAGUCCUAAAUUUACCCCAACAGAAAACAGCACUGCUCCUUAUGGGGCCCAAAGGUCCCAUAAGCAGGAGUCACAAUAUUGCAUUUAUUUUGGAAAAAAUUGACCUUACAAUGUGUCAAAUACCAUACAUUACACACACACUGAGUGACUUUGAGUAAUUACAGUAGAUACAUGGAGAUAGAUGUUGAAAAGGAUGUACUAUCCAGCCACAGCGAAGUGGUUCACAGAUAGUUCAGUGUUCCAACCACUGCAGCUUUUUUUUUUGUUUUAUUCCAAUAUAAAGAGGAAAACGUACAGCAGAAAUAUCACAUUAUUUUUGGAAAAAGGUUAUAUUUGUCUGAUUUCUGUAGAUCACAAAAAGCAGGUAUGGCAUUUAGCUACCAUUUCAAAACAUCAUCAUUCAUUAGGAGCGUAACUGUCGUACUAUACUUGACAAGUAUGGCUACUUGUCACAGUCAUUUGAGUAGAAUUUAGACACUGAUAUUGAAAUAUUAGUCAUCUGUUGUAGAACCACAUGGUUCCUUUAAAGAGAAGUAUAAAUGAUCAAUUCAUCUUGAUUUGCUGGAAUGUGAGCAAAUCUUUCUUUGGAGUUCCAACUGAAACCUUCCAACCAGCACAGUACAGUCACUAUCUGUUGUUGAUUAGUCAUUGGAGACAGAGCUGUAAAAACUAAAUCCUAAACGCACAUUUUAUUGUGUGUCUUCGCCAUGUGGAGGAAGAAUCUCUGAAAAUGUAUUCAUUGGUCAUUUUUUAAAAUUUGCCACGUCUUUUUUUCUUGUUUUAUUUAAUUUAUUUUUUUAAGUUUUGAAUGAUUUUCACAGCUUCCCGCUGGUGAACAGUGAAUAAUCACAGUAAGUGUUGAACUUUACAUCAGACGUAAAGUGGAAGCCUGUAUUUGACAGUAAAAACUGAUCCGCUAACAGCAGACAGAUCUGCUGCUAGAACUCAGGAGGAACAGUUGAGUUCAGGUUGUUAGUUCUAAUUUUAGCAGCUUGACCUUUUCUAGCACUGACACAAACAAAGGUGCCUCAUCUACAACCAGUACCGGUCACACAGUGGACACAGAGCCGCAGCCUCCCCCGUCUUUCACACACACUUACACAAACACAGAAGCAUCACUUGUUAUGGGAAGGCUUCCUGCCAUCUUGCAUCUCAUCCUUGGAACCCGGUUCUGUCUCACCACACGCACGCUAACUGGGAAACGGCAUGUGAACUUUGCCCCGGGUCAGUGUUUGAAUGCGAAGAUCCCUGUCGCCACAGAUGUAAUGAGGCGAGAGACAUUCGCAGAGCUCCAUUAUCACUGGACUGGAGUCGCCAUGCCAGGAUACACACACACACACACCCACACACAUUGAGAAAUCUUGCUUCUGAAGUUUGCUGUGAACUUUCACCUCUACUGUCUUGCUACAGAUUCUUAUAUACACACAGUCAUAUUCCAUCAGUUAGAAUUUUGUGAUGAGACUUGAAAAGUAUCUUUCAAAUUGAGCCUUAAAUCAUUAAGUUCAAAUUUCUGUAUUAAAAUGAUUUUUAUGUUUCUGAUGUAAACUUCUAAUCUUCAAAAUCAUGUUUCAGAAUCAUCAUCAGAAUCAGGCUCCAUCAGGCUUGAAAGCAUCAGUUUGUAUUUAAAUCAUCUCGGCUGUGUUUGACUGAGUGAUGGAGGGACUGAGAUAAAUGAACUUUUCAAUCAAGAAUAAUUCAACAAUAUCAAGAGUUUGUGUGUGUUCUUCUACGGAAGCCACCAGUCAGCUGAUUUCAGAAGGUUCAUCAAGAAUCUGUGUCUUCUGAAAGAAGUUCAAAAUAAAGCAGAUUUUUUUUUCAUAUUUGUCAUGAAAAUGUUGGAUUUAAAUCA